AUGGAUCCCGAAGAAUAUCUUCAACCAGAUUUCGACGCGUCUAAAGUGACCAUUCCCAAGUUAAGAUCGAUCCUACUUGAUCAAAACAUCCAGUAUCCUUCUUCAGCCAAGAAGUCAGAGCUAGUGCAGUUAUUCGAUACUCAUAUUAAGCCUCAGUCUAUUGAAUUACUCAACAAGAUUACUUCUACAAUUCCUAGCUCAAAAGGUAUCAUUUUUGAAGAUGGCAGCGGCAACGGCAACGGCAACGGCAAGAGCAAUGGCGAUGGUAUGAGCGGACAAAAUACUCCUAAAGUCAGUAAAGGUACUCCGAAUAUCACUGAUGGCCAUGUAACGCCUGAGUCAAAGCAGUCCGAUCCCAUACACAAAUCUACUCCAAAGUCUGCCCCUUCCGUAUUUUCUCACAAUAAUGUCUUCCAGAAGUCUCCGUCUACCCCUCCUAAGGAAAAUACUAUUCCAGUUUACCCACAGUCCGUGCCUAGAAAGAGAUCUUCUCCUCAGAAUACUUCUAAAGCGAUUUCUACGCGUAAGAAAAAGGUACUAAAACGUCAGAACGUUUCUGUUGACAACAGUAAUCAUUCUGACAGUUCACUCUCGCCUUCAAUGUCGCCGCAGAUGAAGAAUUCUCUCCUUAGUUUUGAAAAAUUUGAGUCUCCAGACUCUGAUGAUAUGAUAAAGCAGUAUUUGAAGACUCCUUCAGGUAUCGAAUCUCCCAAACGUAGGCCUGCAAGCAAAAGCUCGGAUAUUAUUGAUCAUUACAAGAAGUCUGUAGGCGGGGGAAAGAUUGCUAAGAAACAUAGUUCAAAGAAGGUCAAAAAGGAGGCCAAGAAAGAGGCCAAGAAGGAGGCCAAGAAGGAGGCCAAGAAGGAGGCCGAGAGGGAGCCAUCGGAGCUUGAAGAGAUAUCCAAAGAUCUUCUAGUGCCUCUUCUAACUCCAUAUACAGAGGUAGAAGGGGCCCUUCAAGCUGAUCUUCCUGUUCAGUCUGCAUUACCUCACAUUUUGUCCUCUGUUGAUACUUCUGUUGUUAGUGUGUCUCUUGAAGACACCAUUGAUGUUGAAGUUCUUUCGGGUCCUACUCAAGAAAUUCUCGUUGAUACUUUCAAGGACGAUGAAAGAACGAUCAAAGGUGAGCACUCCGAUGACGAAAUCGUUUAUAAGCAGUCGACGGAAACACAUCUGAGUUAUAAUAUUUCUACAGAAUCUACCGAUGUGGAGGAAUCAGAAGACGAGUUUGAAGAUGAAGCUAAGGAUAAAGAUGCAGUCAAGGACAUCAAACAGGAAAUCAAUGAAACCAAGGUCAUUGCCGAUUCUCUAAGGUCAUCAUCCCAUCCAUUUGUCUCCUUUAUAUCUAAAUUUGUCCUUCUUGUUUGUCUUCUUGCCUCCACGUUUUUUUUUGGAUGUUAUAGAACUAUGAAGUUUAACGCUGGAUAUUGUGGACUUCCGAACUCGCAUUCAAGUUUGCUUUCUUUAUGGUCUAUAGUUCCACUGCAGUGUGAACAAACUCUUGAGCCAAUACACCCUUACGUGAGUCAAAUAGAGCAGCUAUUGGUUGAUCAUCUCGCUCCAUCAUGUGCUACCUGCCCUGAACAUGGUACCUGUUAUGAGAACUCCGAACUUGUUUGUGAUAGACAAUACGUGGUUUACCAGCCACCAGAAUCCUUAUUUGGGCUCAUUCCAAACAAAGAAGAGUGUAUGUAUGAUGAAUAUGCUGAUAAGAAAGCACAUUUGCUAUCACAAUACACUAUCGAGCUUCUUGAAAGGAGAGACGGAGAACAGCUCUCUUUGGAUGAGCUUCAUAAUCUUCUCAAGGCCACCAGACCAGAGCAUAUGUCAAACAGAGAGUUCGAGGAAUACUGGGAUCAUUUCAUCAACUACGAUAUCACAAAGGAGCCUGAAAUCAGAGUCGACUUGAGGACUAAUUUAAUCUCUAUCGAGCAUAAAACGCCAUCUCAGUUCCUAACGAGAACGUUCGGUGAGUCUAUCAAAAGUAAAAAGCUCGAUCUCUACGAGAGAUCACGUCCGACCUCCACCUUUGAUGGUUAUUCCGACUAUCAGGAGCCUUCGUAUAAGAAAGUAAGUAUUUGA